UUUGCAUUGUAAGUGUUAAGUUUCCAAGGAUAUAUUAAUUUCCAUCAAAUGGAGUGGAUUUAUAAUGUCACAAGAGAUUAAAUUACCAUACCAAAAUGACCUACAUUGACCUAUGUAAAACUAAAUUUAGCUGGAUUAUAGUUAAUGUAAUUGGAAUUCACAAUGGUUCAGUAGUAAUCCAAAAUUGGAUGAUAUGAAUGACAAUGUUUAUUUUUUUCUGUGUAUAAAUGAUGGACAAAAAUGGCUAAAUUAUUCAUAGUUAUGUCGUAAUACAAUAAAGAGAUGAAGUACCAAAGUGCAAAACUCAUUCUAAAGCAUUGAGAAGUUACAUAAUUUUCGGCCAUUAUACAAGAUUAGAAGAGACUUUAUUGUUUUACUGAAAUUAGAGAGAAAUGACACAUCGUGGAAGUAUUAAAAGUGUUUUAACAGACUUUAUACCAAAGUUUUAGUAUGGCACCUGUUUUUUAUAUAAUAGUUACAUUUGCUCAUUUAUAAUGAUUGACUUUAAUAUCAGUCCUGGAACUUAAGAUUACAUAACAUUGUUACAGUUACGUGUACAUGUAAUUAUUUGAUUCCGUGUGGAAUGGAAGAAACGUAUUAUUGAUUAUGAAUAGUGAAUUUAGUUGUAGAAACGAUACUUUUACAUUUUUCAGAAACAGUAUCUAGAUAAAAUAUUUCACAUGUUUCAAAAACUUAAUUGUUUUUGAAACAUUCUAGAGGAUUUUUUUUUGAUAUAUUACUAUAAGUACAUGAUGAUCAGGAGAAUUCAAAUGUUUGGUCAUAUUAUUUGACAUAUUUCAAGAUUUAUUUAUGUUUAUUCUUGGAACAUUCUGAAGAGGAACUACAUUUUAGACAUAGACAUAAUAAAUUAGCACAUGAUGAUCAUGUGAUCUGCAAAUGUUUGGUCACCUGACUUAGUAUGGCCAGAAAAGAGAAUAUUUACAGUAAUGGUAUACAAGAUGAGUCUGCUUGUCAUGUUUGUGAUCCUAAAAAGUCAUCUUGUAAGCUCCACCUGGCAGCAUUAACUUCAUUGAAAGGGGAGAUAAUUGAAAUCAACAACAGACUUCAUCGUGUGAUUAGUGAGAGAGAUGCGCUUGAAAAACAACUUAACAAAUUACAGACUGAUAAACUUCGGCAGCAAAGAGACUUUGAAGAUAGACUGGAACAAACAACUGGAAGGUAUGAAGAAAGGAUAACAGAACUGCACAGUGUUAUAGCUGAACUAAGGAAGAAGAUAGAGAGACACCAAAUUAAUGUCAUUAGAGAAGAAGAAGAAUAUGAAGAAUCAGAUCCAGGAGUACAGAGUACUAAGAGUAAUAAUCCAAGGAGUAUUGACGAAAAUAAUCCGUCUCAGGCUGCUAGUGUUGGAGACAUUGUGACAAAUUUAAAUGAGGAAUUGUCAAGAGUUGUGUCAGAAUUAGAGAAUGCCAUCGAUGAAAGAAAGAACAGUCCUGAGGAGGGAGAUGAAGAUGAAAAUGUAGAUGAAAUACAACAAGAGGUUAAUGAUGGGGUAGAGGAAAAGGCUUUAGAGGCUUGUAAGCUGAAGGAUGCUUUUGACUUUGAUCCAGAACCCCCUGAGGUACCCCCACGAGGACUACGCCCUGCUACAUUCCAUCCUCCGCCACCACCCCCUCCCAAUGAGUACCCAGAGCCAGCGUACUUACAGGAGGAGAUCAACAGCCUUAAGGCUGAAACCUACAUCCUACAAGAACAAAUAGGAAAGCAGGAGGCUGAAUUGAACCUACAUAGGGCUGCCCUCGGAAGUUUACGUGAAGAGAGGGACAGAUAUUAUAGAAAAUGGAAGGAGACUUGUAAUAAAGUACAAACUUAUGAUUCCUCCAGUCCACAACAGAGUAGGACAUCUACACCAACAAAGUCACAACAGUCUGCUCAAUCCGUAGAAAGGAGUGUUCAUGCUGAGCAAGCACCUGUUGCUAAGGUAGCUGAGCUGAAGAAACUGAAGACUUGUGCCAGUGAUAGAAAAAUGUUGGGACCUGAGAUUAGUGACACUGCUUUCCCUAAUACAAAAGUUGCUGAACAUUUAUCUCAUGGACUACAGGAGUGUUCUAACAUGCAAGAAAUCGUACAGAACAUUUAUACAAGUGGCUCUGAAGUGAUGGAUAACCAUGUUAGUGAAUUUGAAAUCGAAUUUGAACGAUUGCAGAGUAAAAUUGAUAAUUUGAAAUCUCAGAACGAUUUGUUGUGUUUGACUUUGGACGAGAGUAAAGCCAUGACAGAUCGGUUAACGGUGCUAAUCGGAAAAUAUGAAUCUAAUGUGACAGCUUUACAACUUGCGGUGAAUUAUUCCGAUCAGGCUAUGGAAGUUUACGAUACGUUGGUGAAUUUAGUUGAAAGUGAAAUGGCCAUAUUGGCUACAAAAUCUUGGAAACCGGAAGGUGAACAAGAAGAUAAUUCUGUGAUAAAGAAGGCUCAUGAGCAUAGGAAGAUUUCAGAGAGUGCUGCACGACAUUUACUACAGAAGUUAGAUAGGACAACAGGGGUACAUUUGUCAGUUAUUACACAACCCUUUGACACACUCAGUAUCAGUUCUACGACGAGUUCUGUCGACAGUGAUGUUAGUAAAAUAGAAGAGACCAGAUUACGUGAAUACAUACAUAGACUGACGACAGACCGAGCUGCCAUCAGACUCACUGUGGCUGACUUGGAGAGUAUUCAUGUAGACCCUCCAGCAAUGGAGACGAGGAGAGACACCCAGAGAUUUGAUCUUGAGAAUGCUGUGUUGAUGCAGGAAUUAAUGGCUAUUAAGGAAGAAAAGGCUGAAUUGAAAUCCCACAAUUAUUUAUUAGAAAAGGAGAAACGAUCUAUAGAGUUACGACUGAGUGGGAAAGAGGCUCAGGAGCAGGCUUAUUAUGUACAGAUAGAGCAUCUGAAAGGUGAAGUAAGAGAUCUGGAACAAAGAUUGACAGACAGAAGGAGAAAUCAGAUAGGUGAUGAUCAGCUGUCAGUUUCAGAUAUGUCAAAUGAUUUAUCUAAAGACUAUAAUGAGGCCCUGAGAAGGGAGAAAAAAAUGAAAUCCAGAAUCCAAGAACUUGUGCUAGCUUUGGAAAACUUGUCAAGAAAUUCUGAAAUUCGACAUCAACAGUCGACUGAAUUUGUGAAUGACUUAAAACGAGCCAAUAGUGCCCUGAUCUCAGCUUUUGAUAAAGCCAAGAAAAAAUAUCAGAAUAAAUUAAAGAAGUUGGAACUUCAAAUGCAAGGCUUAACAGAAAGAUAUGAAACACAGAUACGCCUGAUGAAACAGAAGAUAUUAAUGUUGGAGGAGGAGUGUAGAAAAGUCCCCCUCAGCGAGACGUCAUUAUAGCACAAGCUUGCAUGUCAUGUGACUGUGAUUAAACUUCUAUAUUGUGUCCUGUUUAGAAUCAUGUUUCACCCAGAGCUGGAAUAUUUUCAAAAUUUCAUGAAUCCAUACAUUGCCUUGUAUCAGCAAUCUUGUUGCCUUUAUCUGUGGGUUCUUAAAUGUUAAAAAUCUCUGUCUUAAUGUUUUUUAAGAGUGACACCCUACUACGCAUUGUAGCAGCAAUCUUAUUGCCUUUAACGUUUGGUUCUAAAAUGUGAUAAAUUCACUGUCUUAAUGCCUUUAAUAAUGUUAUUUUAAGAGUGACACACUUUUAGAAAAUUCAGUUUGCUUGAUUGACAGCAUCUUCGCUAGUCAAGGGUUAAGAUCCAGUACUUCCCUCCUCUUCACCCUUGGCAGAUUAAGCCAACAUUUGUGAUAACAAUGUUGCGCCAUCUAUUGGUAGAUUAAAGUCACGCCCAUUCCGAAUACAUUAUUCUUGACUAAUGGUAGCACUUGAACUCUUCAAUUUGGAGGUAAAAACACGGUAGCGUCUAGAUUCUACACAGUUGGUAAAGCAGGAAACGAAAAUAUACGUUGACAUUCAUGCAUUUGUGCAAGAAACAUACACAGGAACUUCUAUUAAUUGAUUAAAAACAUUCAAAUUGUCACUAAAUAUAGUCGUAUGUUUAGGGAUAUAAAGACUUGUUGCACAAUAAGCACGUGCCAAUUGUUUACAUACACUUUCUACAUUUACACUUGAUUAUGUUAUAGGCGCUUUGUGAUUGGAUGCAGCGAGUUUCGACUGCAACCAAUGAAAAUCAUUACCUUGUGUCUCCGAAAUUCUAUCUCAAUCCACAAAGGGUGGAGAGAAGGGAAGUGGAUCUUAACCCUUGGCUAGGGAAGAUGGAUUGACAGUGAAUUGUAUUAUACUUUAUUUCAAGAGUAUCAAACAUUGCUCCACUGACUUGAUUAGAAUCAGUUGACUGAAAGUUUUAAAUUUAUGGAUGGCUUCAAUUAGCCAACACUUCCAAUUAUUAGUAAUAAUCAAUAUUAUUCAACUAAUACAAAAGUUGAAAUAGGGAUUUGAUAAUGUAAGACCAGUCACAUUCGGAAUAUUUUGUUCGGAAAAAUGUAUUAUGUACGUUUAAUACACAGUAAUUGAUCUAAAUUAUCCUGUAUGUAGUAAAUAAACUAUAUAACAUCAUUCUUAUAAGAGAACAAAAUGCCAAAAUAUGUUUCAUCGUUGUCAAAAUGCUUUACAUUUUUAAUUCAUUUCUAUAUCAAUGACAUAUUUCCACUAUAGAUCUGACAAAGUGUGCUUUAAUCUGAAUUUUUUGUUUAUUGUGUUGAACUGAAAGAAUUUUAUGCAAUAAUCAUUUUCAUAUUUUAUUAUGUCAGUGAUGAGUUGAAAAUUUACUAUGCAUAUUAUUUAAAUCUUUGAAAGUUUUGCUUUGCUUUGAAAUUGAGAAAUAUAUCUUUGUUAUUGCAUUGUAAGUAUAUAUAUCCACAGUGUUUUGAAAGUUUAAGAUGUUUUUAUUUGAUUUUUUUAUUCAAAUAUAUAUAUAUAAAGGAGAAGGUAUUAUAAGGCCAAUUUUUGGCCCCUUGAAUUCUAAAAUAAAAAAAGAAGUAAAAAUCUAUCAAAUAACUUCAUUCAGAUGUUCAUAAGAAAUUAGUCUGGUGAACAUCAAUAUUUAUAUUUUUCAAAGCUUCAAACUUCUUAGAUUUAGUGCACAACAACAAAAACUGCCUAAAUAGCCUCAAUUUGAAAUCUUGUCGUUAAUAUUUAGAUAUGAGCAAACAGCUUUACCCAAAAAAGAUGUUUAUUUUAUUUUUUAUGCAAAUUUCUAGCUCAAUUAUAUUUUGACCAAAACGAUGCGUAAAAUGGCCAUUUGAGGUCAAAUGUGUAAAUUUCGUCAUGUUCAUGAUGUCAUAGUAACAUCACACAAGUGACCUUUCUGCUCUAAAGUGUUCAGAUUAUGUUUAUUAGUUCACUUAUCAAUAAAAUUAACAAAAUUUUGAAAGAUUUGGAUAAUUUUACUAUUUUUGCAACUACAGGGGCCAAAUAAUGGCCCUUAUCAUAUCUCCUCUUUUGCAAAGACUUUAUAUUUUGUGCCAUAGUUGAUUACCAUGAAUUUGUAUUAGAUUUUAUAUAAGUUAUACCUUUUAUCAUUGUCAGAAAUAUGAAACUUAUAGAGUGAAAGUGGAGGUAUAUUUGUGUGGUUUUAUAAGUUAUAAAGAUUUUAUCAAUUUAAUACAUGACCAUAUUUCAGUGUAAAAAUGACAUUUAUGAAUAUUUUUGUUUGAGAUUUGACCAAUAUCUGUAUUUUCAAUACCUUUGGAAUAUUGAACACUCUGUUAAAAAUGAUAGAAUUUUUUAAACACUUUGAUCAAAACGAUUGAAUUUUAUCAUUAAGUAUAUUUGUUUCACAGAAAACAUGUCAUCUUCAAGCAUGGUUUUGAAAGGAAAGAAAGGUUCUUUAAAA